CUCUGCAGAGGUUAUGGGUCUCCUCCCUCUUUCUAGGCUUUCUCUCUGUUCCAUGGACUUAGUCUUUUUGUGGGCAGACACAAAGUUUGUGUUACUGACCAUCAUAUGGCUGCUGUCAUUGUUAGCAUUUCUUUGCUGCCCUGUCAAUUCACAGACCAAUUUUCCUCUUUGGAGAUGACCUGCUCCCAUCCAAAGACCUCAGCUUGUUCUUUCCUUCCCAGUCACAGGGCUGUCAACAACAUUUCUCUAUCCUACUCACAAAGGCAUGCUUGACUUGUAUUCUUGAAUUCUGAGAUGGCUUCAGAAAGCCCUUGAUCAACAGCCCACAAACUGGGUAUUUCCUUGAUGUGAGGCAGAAGGACUUACCCAGGAACUGGCUUUAACAUGCCCUGCACUGUUCCAAAGCUAGAAAGGAAAGCAGCAUUCAGGGCAUGGAUGCUUGGAGAGGACUGUCCAUGGCUACAAAGGGCCUAUGCCAGCAGGACCUGGGCUGAAUUCCUGAGCAGCCAUGUAGAUUGGGAAGACCCCUGCUUGGAGCUAUGAGCCCUUCUGCCUUCCAAGCCUGCGGAGAGCCCCCUGCCUCCAGCAGGACUGACGGCCACCCCCUUGCAGCAGACAGAGAGGCUGCCCUCGGUGAGUCCAGCGCAGUGUCAGCAGUGGAAGACUCACUCGGCAGAGGAAGGACGCAAAGAUGGCCUUGCGCCCACAGACUGGCAAGCCCCAUUGCCACCACAGAGAAGGGAGUGAGCCACAAGCAGAAGCCACAGGGCAGGAUGCCAAGACAUGCCCUUCUCCAGGCAAGGUGGGCCUGACUGUGUGUCCCAUCCAAGGGCUGAGACUUCGGGCUGUUCAAAGGCCCCACAGAAGUGUGGGGACUGCAUUUUCUUUAAGGGUUCCUCGCUCUGGUGCCCUCAUGCCUGCAACGCGCAGCCACACCAGAUUCAUCCACUGCCGGGGUCAGCCCACUCGGACCCACGCCAAGUCCAAGAGACCCAAGCGGUCCAGGGUUCGGAGGUGCCACACUCAGGUGCCAGGCUGGACCCAUGAGAGACAAAUGAGAAGCAGUGUCAAGGAAGAGCUCCAGCCUCAGUUAAACCAGCUGAACCAAGAUGCAGACCUCCUGAAAGAAGCAGCAGCUUCUUUCAAUACCACACUGGACCCCCUGGAGGAGUUCCUGCUGGAAGAAGACAAGCUGCCGCCCAGUCCUGGGCAGGGCCCCUUGUUCUACAUCGGAGGCACCAACGGGGCCUCAAUAAUCAGCAACUACUGUGAGAGCAAGGGCUGGCAGCGCACCCAAGACAGCCACUGCAAAGACUACAGGCUGAAGUGGUGUGAGAUCAAGUGCAAGGAAAACUACUACAGCUUCCAGGAAGGCCAGCAGCUGCUAUUUCAGCUCCCCAACAACAAGCUACUGACCACCAAAAUUGGGCUGCUCAGCGCCCUGAGGGAAUAUGCACGCAUCCUGAGCAAAUCCAAGAUGCUGUCCAGUGCCCACCCCAAGGUCCUGAAAAUGGAAGACUUUUUCCCAGAGACCUAUCGCUUGGACAUCAAGGAUGACAGACAGGCCUUCUUCAGUGUGUUUGAUGAAACCCAGAUAUGGAUCUGCAAGCCCACAGCCUCCAACCAGGGAAAAGGCAUCUUUUUGAUCAGGAGUCAGGAGGAGGUCACCACCCUGAAGGCCAAGACUCAGAACAUAGAGGACGACCCCAUCUUCUGCAAGAUGUCCUUCAGAGCACCUCAGGCGCGGGUGGUGCAGAGGUAUAUCCAGAACCCACUCCUUCUGGAUGGGAAGAAGUUUGAUGUGCGCUCCUACCUGCUCAUUGCCUGCGCCAUGCCAUAUAUGGUCUUCUUUGGGCAUGGCUAUGCUCGUCUCACACUCAGCCUGUAUGACCCUCAUUCCAACGACCUCAGUGGCCACCUAACCAACCAGUUCAUGCAGAAGAAGAGUCCCCUGUACGUGCUGCUGAAGGACAGCACCGUGUGGAGCAUGGAGCGCCUCAACCGCUAUAUCAACAACAAGUUCAGGAAGACCAGAGGCCUCCCCAGAGACUGGGUCUUCACCACCUUCACGUGCUCUGAGAACUCCUCACCGUUACCAUCCUACACCCACUUCCACCAUCGAGAGGAGCAGGGCCAGGCCCAGAGCAGGACGUAG